AGUUUGAUCGUCAACUACCUAUAACCAGGGCGAAAGAAAAAGAGAACUUGGGGAUUUCUCUCGACAAAGUUUGUUGUACAUUAUAGGCUGUGUCACAGAAAAAUCUGAGCUAUUUAUAUGGUAGUUUCAGAGUCAUCGACUUCACUGGCCUCAUCUUUGGUGUGUGCGUGCGCCAAAUAACAGGAAGUGGACUUAACGCCGUUACUUUCGUUUUAUUUUAACACGAUGGCGUGUGAAGGAAACGGUAUAUCAGAUGAGAGGAUCGGAGAAGCCCUGAUAAAGGAGGUCAUUGAGGAAGAGCUGAAGGAUGUGCCCUCAGAAGAUAUCCCUCCUCUCACUCCCCUGGCUGUGGAAGUAAGAAGUAGUCAGGAGCAGAAGAUUGUGACGCAGUUGGGCAAAAUGAUCCGAAUAAUUGGCGACAGGGUCAAAGAAGACAAAGAAUUCCAGGAUGCAAUUGAUGGUGUAGGCUGUGUGGAAGGAUCCAAGUGGGAAAAUUUCAAGAGAGUGGCAGACAAAGUCUUUGAGCAAGGCAUUACCUGGGAGAGAAUUGCUGUGCUCUUCUAUGUUGCUGGGAGGUUAGCAUUCAAGAUGGUUGAGGCUCAUCUCCCGCAGUCAGUGAAGGAGAUCCUGAUUUGGACUGUGGAUUUCUUUCGAAACAACCUACUAAGCUGGAUUCGGGAACAUGGUGGAUGGAUCAACAGUUUCUCUGAGUUGGCAACAUCCUCCAUGCGGACCGUGGGACUGAACUCCCAACUCUACAGCCUCGUCAUCAUCUUCUGCGGUGGCCUCGCUGUAGGAAGUUUUAUCACCUGGAAGCUGACCAGACACUCCUGAGGGACCUCCCAAUCAACAUGCCGCCACUAUUUUCACCAGCCUUCACCCUUUUUUUUUUUUAGGAUUUUAUUUUUAGAUUUGGGAAAAAAAAAAUGUUGGCACCACUAUGUCAAAUACAGUACUUGGUAUUUUCAUACUUCUAGUCAUACUGUGUCUUAUCAAACAAAGUAGGUUGUAAUUGUCAGACACCAAAUUAA